AUGCUUUUUGUCAACCCUGAGAAAAAAACACAGACGGAGAACUUUGUGCCCGUUCAUCCCGACCACGAACGAUCCACAAAAGAUGGAUACAAUGGACCUACAAUUAAAUUGUUGGAAAAUAAUCCGAACAAAGGGAAGAUGAGCAUUUCUAGUGUCGAGACAAUUUGUUCCUAUGCCAACAGUUCACCACAACUUGGAAGGGAGGAAAGAGCGUGCACGGCUAAUAGUAGUGAGAGGAGUGAAGAGAGCCAAGAGUUCCAGAUCAAAGGAACGAAUGAAACAAAUCGAGCAAGCAUAAUACAUAACCCAGAAAACAGUCUUCACACCGAAAGUAUCACUCACACAGAAAGCGUAACUAACAGAAAUGGCAUUGAGAAUAACAAGGGUCAAUCCAACCGAGGGUGCCCGAGCUCUCCAACGGAAAUUCUACAAAAAGCAUCAUCUAGUUGUGCUUUAGGAAGAAUUAAUUCAAAUUAUAUAAUUCAUUCAAACAAUAAUACAAGUGGCAUUAGAGGAGAAUGGAGCGGCAAAGUUAUUGUGUCCAAUGUGGUAAACAACUCUAGUAAGAAAGAGUCGAAAUUGAUGAGCAUCUGUGGAAAUCAUAGUACAAGUGAUGGAUAUUCUGUGAAUGAAUUUGAUAAACGAAAAAAAGUAGAACAACAGGCUGAGCAGGUGGAUACUGCCCAAGUGCGAAGUUCUGAAACAGGGAGGAGGGAGAGUUGUGAAUAUGGUGUAGAGGAUUAUGAGGAAAUGCACAGAGAAUCAAUCAAGGGAGAAUUGCAAAUAGCAUGCAUAGAUAAUAAUAACAAACACAAUAAUUUUUUUAAAGAAAUCCCCAUAUCGGAACAUGGAAGUAACUCGUGCUGUGAUUAUAAUCUUGAUAAUAACAAAAAGGUGAUAAUUAACACGAUAAAAAACGUAUGCCAAACCAAUGGAGAUACAUUCACGUAUUUAAAUGAAAUGCUCAAUCAGACAUACAAAGAAAAUGUCGAGUUAGAUGGAUCAGAAUAUAUAUUUCUGUACGACAUCUGCUUGAAGGAUGUAACUCCAUCGGACGAAGUGAGUAAAGUGAAUGAAGGAAACCGAUACUAUGAAAAUAACUCCAUUGGAGCAGCUAGACAAAAGGACGAAAAAGACCUUCUGAUUUUAAACGGUACAUACAAUAAAUACUUGAACAUUUUUCAUAAUGUAUCAAGCCAAAUAAGCAAAGUUAAGAGACUACUUUACCCCAGAGAGAUCCAUGUGCUAAGGGAUUAUACAGCAAAGGAUCCACCAGAAAUGAUGGCAGAAGUUGCAAAUAAGUUUGAUAACACUCAAAUGGAAUGUGACAUGCAGACAGAAAUGAAUCACUGGAAUGAAAAGCUAAACAGAUGUACGACAGUGUCUAACCAAGAUGAAACAAAUUUGGAAUCUGUGCAUGCACUUUUCACAGAAGAAAAUCAAGUUUCAAGUUCCCGGAAGAUGAAACUUCUUGAAAAGUUGAAUUAUAUAUUUUUUGCAGCUAUGAGGGAAAACUUUCCAGAUUAUGCUACUUGUGUGAAGGUAGAUGGGAGAACAACAUUCACUGGUUCUGCUACCCAUAAUGAUAUAGGUGACACUUCUCUCUCUGUCCUGGAUGCACCUGCCAAUGCUGGAGAGAACAUCAUAACUAAAGCCAUCGCUACAACUGCAAUCACCGCUACUGCCACGAGUACAAAGAAUUCCACAACUAGAACUAGUGACUAUAGCAAGAGUUCAAAGAGAAAUACAGAGAAUGAUCAGCUGAGACAUGUGGACAUGGGGAAAAUUAGUUAUCAUAUGAAGAAUGGCAUAAACAGAAGAGUACACGAAACAGACAUUUACGACAUACAAAUUAUAAAAAAAGGAUAUACAUUUAUUUUUAUUAAAAGGGAACAAUGGAAAAAGUAUUACUGUAUUUUUUUUAACAUAAAAAGUAAUACUGUAUAUAAAAAUAAUCUUAUAUAUAAACACUAUUGCAAGGUAUAUGAUAAAGAAUUGGUUCAUAAUUUAAUAAAAGCGCCUGACUCUUACAGCAAUUAUUUUUUGGCCUUCUUUCAAGAUGAUUAUUUUGAGAUGAGUAAAAUUUCAAACCUUCAGAUAGCUAUACUAUUAAGAAAAAAUAGUUAUGAAUUUAUUUUUGAAAUUUCAAAAAAUGAAAAAUCUAACAUUGUUAUGCACAAUUUUCAAGACAUACACCUGGAUCAUGUUAAUAUCCAAAGGGUAAGAAGUUCUCUCAAUGUUUUCGACAUUAACUCGGCCCCAUACUACUUUAUACCAUUUCAGUAUUCGUUAGAUGAUUUCAUAGGUUCAAGAAAAGAAAUAAUUAAUAGCAAUUCCUUCCAAGACACUACAAGUUUGAAUCGUGGCAUUAAUCUCCAAUACAAUCUUUUAAAAGAGUGGAAUGAUUGCCUUUGUUCCGUCAUGGAAAAAAUGAAAUAUAGAUGUAAGUAUUUAUCUGCAAAACGUGGGCAAAACGAAAAGACGCACUAUGUUAAUAAAAAAUUUCAUCAAUGGAUCGAAGCGUUUAAGCAGGAGAGAAACAUUCAAGACAGAACCAGAGUUUGCUAA